GGCCCUCCCGGCGGCGGCAAGACGUCGACGGCGCGCAUCCUCGCGAAGCUGCUAGGCCGACCCUUCCUCGUCCUGCCGCUCGAGUCGGUCGUCUCCAAGUGGUACGGCGAGGCGGAGCGCAACUUGGCGGCGGUCUUCGACGCGGCGGCGGAGAUGGGCGAGAGCGUCAUCUUCAUGGACGAGAUCGACGCGCUCGCGACGAGCCGCGACGCGCCCGGAGGCAUGCACGAGGCCACGCGCCGCUCGCUCUCGGUGCUGCUGCGCCGCCUCGACGGUUUCGACCCGAACGCCUCCACCAUCCUCAUCGCCGCGACAAACAGG